UUAUUUCUAGCAACGUGGUCAGCCAUAUUGUUUUUCUAAAAUAUUCAACAAUAUUACGGAAAGUUAUAGUGGAGUUCGCUUCUAAUUUGACUUUAUUGUAGUUUUAAAAUUAUAUUCGAAAUGGAUUCUCUCAUCGGUUAUGGGAGCGAUGAUGAUAAUGAAACCGAACGUGUUAGCAGCCAUAUUUCGGUGGGUCAAGGUCCGAGCCAGCCAGCCCGCAGACGGGAUGACGACACCAACUAUGAUGAUGUGAACAUGGAUCUUAGUGAGGAGUCCCAGGGCGAGUCGGAGUUCGAGGGGCAGUCGGAGUCCAGCUCGCAUCGCUGUCCGGACCGUCCGGAACGACUCAAGAGAUCCAGUUAUCAUGGCCAACAGGAUAAUAAUGAUCGGUCCAACUCAGAUGAUAGCCGAGAACGUGAUCGUCGUGAUCGCGACCGGGAUCGUGAUCAGGACCGCAAAGACCGGAGACACGAGUCCCCAGUGCGGUCGAAGACUGACCGAGACCGGGGAGACCGCGACAGAGACCGCCGCUCACCGCGCAGAGAUGAUAGAUACAGAUCUGACAGGAGUGACCGUAGCCGAGGAUCUCAGGAGAGUUGUUCCCGUCGAGGUCUGCUCGGAGAUCGACCUGAUGAUCGGAGUGGAGAUAGUAGGGUGCCUGCGCUAAUGGAUCUGAAACCAUUCGGUGGUGAACCUCCUCCAGGAUUGAGUUAUGGAAAGUCACAGGAUGCCAGAGAUGCUGUCUCGCCAAGAUUCGUAGACAGAGAGCGACGUGAGAGAGAAAGAGAGCGCGGCAGAGACAAGGAGAGACAUAACAGAAGAUCUGAGGAACGCAGAUCUGGACAUAGGAGCAGAGAGCGACGUUCAAGAUCGAGGGGCGCGGCGUACCCACCACCUACACAUGCAUCUAGUUCAAAUGAGAGGCGAGCGUCACCAUCGUCAGGCGACUAUCGGCCAUCUUCGUACAAAGUAAAUAAGAAGUUGAAGGUUAUGGAGAAAAUGGGUCUGCAGAUAAAGACACCGGACGGGUCAAUGGCGACAGCGCAGCAGCUGCGAGCCGCCUCACAAGACUCUGCGCCCACGGGACUGCCUGCAUACUUCAAUGCCAGUGCACUCAAUAGUAACAAGAUGAAGGAUCAGAAACGUAAAUUGCUUUGGGCAAACAAGUCAAAGUCCGAAGCGGAGGAAGCAGCCAAGUGGAGUGGCACACGCUUCGCACAGGACUCUGAUGGGAAGCAAGUCUCCAAGUUUAUGCGGCUCAUGGGCAUUAAAGAACCAGCGGCGGUGAAACCAGAAGUGGACGCAACAGCUGACCCCAACAAGAAACAAGAGGAAUUGUUCCAAGCGAUGCAAGCGCAGUAUGAAGUUGCCAGAGCGACCACUCACACUAUGCGGGGCGUGGGACUCGGCUUCCAACGAGGACAGUUCUAGAAUGUUCUUAUAAAUAGUAUUAAUCUAUUUGAAAAAAAAUAUUGCCGCGAAAGUCAGCUGUCGCUUUGACAGUUGCGUUUUGUUACCAUGUCAAAAAGGUAAAGGCUUCCAGCUUGCUGCCACUCGUCAAUUUACAAUUCUAAAUUACAAAUUAGAAUUAUUAUAUGUAAAAUGUGUUGUGGAUUUAUAUUAAAUGCUUUAAAAUAUAUUACAAUAAUUCAUGUUGAAUUAUUGCGGAAAUUUGGCAGACUUCGUAUAUGACGUCAUUUAUAUUUUUAAAUGCGCGUGCGGAAAAUAGCUUGUGUAAAGUUUU